CCAUUUGACCCAUCACUUCCAGUAAUAAAUGCAGUUUCUAAUGUCAUCUGUGCUUUGAGUUUUGGACAUCAGUUUGCUCCUGACGAUGAAAACUUCCAGAAGUUAAUUAAAGCCCUCGAAACUGUUAUGAAAUUCUCUGGUGGCUUUUUUCAUGGGUUGUUUGUUUUGUUCCCACGAUUAAUGAGCUACCUCCCAGGCCUUCACAAGGAGGCCUUGGCUUCCCUAGAGGUGAUCACUUCCUUUGCAAAGCAGGAAAUAGAAAAGCACAAGAAAUCCAGCGCUCUGCAUGAGCCACAAGAUUUCAUUGAUUACUAUCUUCUUCAGAUUGACAAG